GAGUACUGCUGCCCCUCGUUCGGCCUGCCGUUCUGAGUCACGCGUCCUCUCGACUUUAUCGAUUUCUCCAGGUCUCACCACCACCUGACCCAGCACCUCCGAAGGAAAAGAAAAAUGUCGCUCACCAACGCCACACCGCUCGAGGUCGCCCAGGCUGCCCGCCUCGGAUCCCGGAAGCUGGCCGUCUUGUCCACCGACGAGCGCAACCAAGCCCUCACGGCCAUUCACCAUGCGCUAGCAGAGGCCAAGGAUCAAGUGCUGGCCGCCAAUGUCCAGGACCUCGAGUCCGCCAACAAGGCCGCCGCAGGAGGCACGCUAAGUGCCAGUCUGGUAAAGAGGCUGGAUCUGGGGAAGCCGGGCAAGUACGAGGAUAUGCUGCAGGGAAUAUUGGACGUGCGGGACUUGGAAGAUCCCAUCAACAAGACGACGGCAAAGACGCUGCUCGACGACAACCUGGUCCUGUCGCGCAUCACGUGUCCCAUUGGCGUGCUGCUCAUCAUAUUUGAGGCCCGGCCCGAAGUCAUUGCCAACAUCUCUGCCCUUGCCAUCAAGUCCGGGAACGCUGCCAUUCUCAAGGGCGGCCGUGAAUCGAGCAACAGCUUCGCAGCAAUCGCGUCCAUCAUCUCCCGAGCCCUGGCCUCAACCGCAGUACCAUCCGACUGUCUCCAGCUAGUCCAGACUCACGAUGUCAUUGCCGACCUCCUCAAGCAGGAUACCUAUAUCGACCUGUGCAUUCCCCGUGGCGGCAACAAACUCGUCCGCUACGUCAAAGACACAACCACCAUUCCAGUCCUCGGGCACGCAGACGGCAUAUGUGCAACCUACCUAUGUGCCGACUACCCUGCGGACAAGGCUACCAAGAUCAUUCUCGACGCAAAAACAAGCUACCCGGCUGGUUGCAACGCACUGGAACAACUUCUCGUCGAGGAAUCGGCCCUCACCUCCAGUCUGCCCACUGUUGCAGAGGCGCUUCUCCAAAAAGGUGUCUCGCUGCGAUGCGACAGCACCUCUCUGCUCGCACUGAAAGGGAAGCUGGAUCCGCACUCUGCAGCGCUGCUGCAAGAAUGCGGCCCGGAAGACUACGAUACCGAGUUCUUGGACUACAUCCUCGCCAUCAAGACCGUCGCAAAUGUUGAAGAAGCCAUUUCGCACAUCAACACGCACGGAUCUCACCAUACCGAUGCUAUCCUGACCACCUCGGAGCCCACUGCCAAGACUUUCCUCGCAGCCGUGGAUUCCUCGAGCGUGUACUGGAACACGUCGACCCGCAUGGCUGACGGGCAAAGAUAUGGAUUUGGCACUGAAGUUGGCAUCAGCACCAACAAGAUCCACUCGCGGGGGCCUGUGGGGCUCGAGGGUUUGACUAUUUACAAGUGGGUCAUUGUAGGUGACGCGCAGGUGAGUGCCGAGUACGGUGCUGGCGGCAAGCAGUGGAAACACCAGCGCGUACCCGUUGGGGACGACGAGAGCAUUGCACAGAACGAAGAAGAGCGGGAAGUAUUGAGGAAGUUUCGAGCGAGCAAGGCAUAGACACGGGUACUGCCAUUGUCCAUCCUUACACGGUCGCAUGUCGGUAGUACCAUUGCGAUACAAUGACAAGACAGGAAGCCGGAUCCCGGCCGUUACAUUACAUGUACAGUUAUCCAAGUGUCGCAAAGACAUGCCGAAAAA